AAAAAGACCAAUGGCCAAUUGAGAAAGAAAGAAGACGAACGAUUCGGUGAUGACGACGAGGAAGAAGGAAGAAGAAGACGUUGAUUCUGUGGAGAAGAAAGACUUUGAGAUUGACUGGAAAUCGGUGAUGGAAGACGACGAAAACGACGGUACCGGAAAGGAAGAUAAAGUGCCGGAGUUAGAGAUUGUUAAUGCCAAAACUCUGCCGCCGCCUCCGCCGCUGUCAACUUUUCUCUCCGCCGAUCAAAUGAACAGUCAGAAAACCCUAUCCGAUCACGCCCUCGACGAGCUGCUGGAGCGUAACAAAUCGCACCUUGUGAAAUUAGGUCCAAGCUUACCAGACAAUGGUGAGAAAAUCCGUUCCAAAAUCGCGAGCCUCGAAGAGGAGAAGCGGAGCAGGGCUUUACGGCGCUCGAAAAUGGAUGUGGAAAGAAGUUCGACGCUCAUGCAUGCGACAAGCUCAGGUUCAGAUGUCUUUGCGCGAGGGAACGCAGCCUCAAAAGACUCCUCUAGACAAGGGAAUGCAGUCUCAAAAGAAGUCUCACGGUCAACAUUCCGUGAUGCUUUUUUAAGUAAACCGAAAACGGAUACUCAGUCCACAACGAAAGCAUUUGCUAAAGAACUAGAAGAUUUGGGAUGUGAAAGUGGGAAACGCAAGGCUGAUUAUAAAAAGACUGUUACAAGGCCGAAAGGCGGAUGGCGGAUGUUGUCAGAUAUUGGGAAAGCUGAGCACAGUGAAAAACAGUUCUAUUCUGGAUCUAAAGGGUCAAAAGGGAAUCAGAAAUCGAAGGAAUCUUAUGGGAAGAGAAAGCCCAAGGAAUCUUCCACUUAUUCUCUGCUUGACGAUGAUGAUAACGACGACGCCAACGGGCAUGAAACUCCUAGGGAGUGGUCUUGGGAAGAAUAUCCAGCACCGAGUUCAAGGCGCCGUAAGAUAUCAGACAAUACAGUGAUUAAUGUAGAUGAAGAAGAACUUCAGCCUUCAACAGUCGCAGAGCAAGCGGUUGAAAUUCCUGAAGGUUUACCGGAAGAAAUAUGCUAUCCAUCAAGGGAUGAUCCAGACUUUGUUCAAGUUUGUCUUAAAGAUCUUGAGUGCCUUGGGCCUCAAGAAUUUCUAACAUCGCCGGUUAUGAACUUCUACAUCAGGUUCUUGCAGCAGCAGGUAUCUGCGGCGAAUCAAAUCUCUGCUGAUUGCCAUUUUUUUAACACUUAUUUCUACAAGAAGCUAAGUGACGCUGUUACAUACAAGGGAAAUGACAAGGAUGCCUUUUUUGUAAAGUUCAGGCGGUGGUGGAAGGGUGUCGAUCUAUUCCGUAAAGCUUAUAUAUUUAUACCAAUUCAUGAAGAUCUCCACUGGAGCUUAGUAAUAGUUUGCAUCCCGGACAAGGAAGAUGAAUCAGGACUGACGAUACUUCACCUAGAUUCAUUAGGACUUCAUUCAAAAAGAUCAAUUCUUGAUAAUGUCAAAAGGUUUCUAAAAGACGAAUGGAUCUACUUGAAACAAGAUGAUUAUUCUUCGAAUCUACCAAUCUCAGAGAAUAUAUGGAAAAACCUCCCGCGUAGGAUUAGCGAAGCUGAUAUACAGGUUCCACAACAAAAGAAUGAUUUUGACUGUGGUCCGUUUGUUCUCUUCUUCAUUAAACGGUUCAUCGAAGAGGCACCUCAAAGGCUGAAAAGAAAAGACCUAGGAAUGUUUGACAAGAAAUGGUUUAGACCCGAUGAAGCCUCUGCUUUGAGAAUCAGAAUCCGAAACACACUCAUCGAUCUCUUCCGUGUCAGUAACGAGCCACAAUGACCAGACAGAUAGAACCUGUAUAGAACAAAAGAAAGCAUCUGAUGACAAUGCAGCAUCCAAGUCAAGACAUUGCUCACCGCUCUAACAGAGUUUUAAGUUUAUUAUUGUAUAGACGUUGAGGAAAUAUUUGUUCUUAAAAAUCUGGCUCCAUAUUCCAUAGGUUCAAGUUGUAAUCCAAUUUACAUCUUCUAAUUGGCAUUUUUUGUAGAAACUGCUACCAAAAAAAA